AUGGUACAAUACACCAAAAAUAAUGUUGAGCAUCAAAUUAACCAAAGAAAUACUCAGAAAACAAAAAACAAUAGAGCUGAUGAGAAGCAACGUAACAUUGAACCCACUGGUCAUCAAGAAAAAAGUUUUAAGGACAGAAAUUUUCACGAACCAAAUCUUGAAAAAGAAUUAGAUGCCGUACUUGAACCAAAUUUUUCUGCUCAUGAUUCUUCAGAUGAUAAUUCUAGAGAUGAUAAACACUCUAAUAAUGAAGAUUAA